UCCCCACCUGCUCCUUGCCACUGCCCUAUCGUCACCUCAUCUUCUUCUUCUCAGCUUGCUGCAGCAGCACACACACACACACAUACACACUCACACACACUGGCAACCCUCACGCCCCAAUCUAUCCAACACCCGCUUCAUCUCGUCCCAGCAGACAACAUGAGCGCGCAGACUGCUGACACGGCCGUUCCCCUCACCGCCAACGGCGCCACGGUGGCGGCGGGCGAUCACAAGAUCGACCCCUCGCUGGGCUCCGCCAUCAGCACGGGCCAGGUCGCCUCCAAUGACACCGCGCCCGAGUACGCCGCCCAGGCACCCAACGGCACCCUCUCGUCGGGCCACACGGCUGCUGCGCCCGAAAAGGCGGCCCCCGUGCCCCAGGCCAGCGUCGACUCGGCUGGCUCGGGAUCCGGCCUCGCCGGUGGCCAGGCGCCCACGACGACGACGACGACGAUCAUCACGACGACCAGCAGCCCCACUGCGCAGGAUGGCGCCCAGGUCGCCUCGCCCCUGAGCGCUGGAGCGCCCUCGGUCGCUUCCCCCGUCACUGCCGCUACGUCGUCGCCCAUUCCCGAGACGGCCGCUACCUCGGCGCCCACUUCGGCCCUUGCUGCGCCUACCCAGGCCGACGGUACCACCACUGACAAGGACGCGCCGACGACGACGACGGCCGCUGCUGUCCCUGCUGCUGCCGCCGCUGGUGGUGCAGCUGCUGGUGCUGGCGCUGCCAACGGCCACCAGCAGCACGCCGCUGCCGCGCCCAUCAGCGGCAAGGAGGCCAAGAAGUACGAGAAGCUGCUCAAGAAGGAGGCCAAGAACGAGGAGAAGGAGCUCGGUGCCACGCUCAAGUCGGCCGAGUCGGACGAAAAGGCGAUGCGCAAGGCGCGCAAGGCCGAGUCGCAGUCGAUCAAGCGACACCAAAAGGCCGUCGACGAGGAGCACAAGACGAGCAAGGCGCUGAACCGGGCCAAGGAGGCUCAGGAGAAGGCCGCCGCUGCCCUUCAGAAGGCCACCGAGGAGCUCGAUAUCAAGAAGCGCCACACGUCCGAGACGACCAAGGCCUACGAGAAGGUCAAGGCAAAGAUCGACGAGCUGCGCAACACCAAGAUCGCCAAUGACAAGGACCGUGCCCGAAGGCAAGCAAGCAUGACCCAGGCUCACUAAUCGUCCUCCUCCUACGACCUUUAUUUUCUUCUUCCUUCCUUCCUUUCUUCUCUCUUUCCCUCCUCUUCUUCUCUUCC